UGGAUAUUAUUGACACAAGCAGACAACACCAUACUGCGGCGGAUAUCCUCGUUAAAGUUGUGGUUUUGUAUGACUGCAUUACAGGAUCCGUUGGAACUCGAAGUGCCGACUGACUUUCAAAUCUUAAAAUGGAGGAGACAUAUGAUUUAUCAUCCAUUCUCAAUGAGACCUUUACUGACUGGAAUUCAACUUACUGGAUUUCAACUUACUGGUUUGGAGACAGUCAUAAGGAGCUGCACGCCCACCAUGUCAUUUAUGUGCUUUUAUACGCUCUAAUUAUUACGUUGGGUAUUCCAGGCAAUAUUGUAGUCAUUUUGCUUACAGGAUUUAAAAUGAAGCGCUCUGUCAGUUCAGUUUGGUUCCUAAAUCUGGCUUGUGCUGAUCUCCUUUGUUGCCUCAGCAUCCCUUUUCAGAUCUAUACAAUUAUUCAUGACCAGCAUUGGCCCUUUGGAUUAUACCUGUGCAAGGCAGUGUUUGGCUUCAUCUUCGUUAACAUGUUCUGCAGUGUUUUAUUGCUUGUUGUCAUCAGCUUGGACUGCUUCCUCCUAGUGGCCAAACCGGUAUGGUGUCAGAACCACCGGAACACCCUUCGUGCCUUCCUGCUCUGCUUGCUGGUGUGGGUGCUUUCCGUACUCCUUGCUCUUCCAUUAUUUAUUCACUUUAAAGAAUAUGAACAUCCUCAUAGUGACAUCAUCUCCUGUGUGUCUGACUUUGGUGAAAACAAAGUGACAUACUUAGUAAUAAUAAUCUAUCAGUCCCUAAUGGGUUACCUUUUCCCAUUUGGCACCAUCAUUAUUUUCCAUUUCUUCAUAUUCCUGAGAGUGAGUAAUAAAGUCCAAGUAUUCGGUAACAGGUCAAGCAAAACGGUGCUGGUGGGCUGUGCAGUGAUUGCCUCCUUUUUUAUUUGCUGGCUGCCGUAUCACAUAGUGAACUUUCUGAUAGCCUUCAUCGAUUUCUCCUACCCUUGGCAAUCCAUCCUACCGAACAUUGAUUUGUUUGUGGUCACUCUGGCCUACUUCAACAGCUGUAUCAAGCCCUUUCUAUAUGUGUGCAUGGGCCAGGCCUUCAAGGAGCCCAGGUACAAGCCCCUGGAGAGUGUUAUGGAAAACUUCAUGACUGAUGAAGUGCCUUCUCAGUCUGUGGUAACCUUCACCACCAAUUCCUCCUCAAUAUGUGAUCAAUCAGCUCAUAUCUGAUGAAGAGGAAAAAAACAGAGUGACAGAGGCAUGAGCUGUCAUUUAUACAGAAGGAUGAAGUGCACCAUCAGCCAAUGCCUGUUUCUUUCAUGUAUAUAGUGCCUUAACAAUGUUUGUCACAACUGUGAAAGAGACAUUGAGUGCUGCCAUGAGACAGAUUGGGG